UUAUUUUAUUAUAUGCCAUUUUUAGUCAUUUAUUUGCAAAUCAUUUACUGGGUGUUAAACACGAGGCCCGGGGGCCAGAUCCAGCCCGCCGCAUCAUUUACAUGUGCGUCAAAAUCAUGUGUCGUGUUAAAAUGCCAAAAUUGCUAACGGUCUUUACUUUCAUCCAUCCAUUUUCUUUUGCCGCUUAUCCUCACGAGGGUCACGGGGAUUGCUGGAGCCUAUCUCAAUGGGCAGGGGGCGGAGUAUACCCUGAACUGGUUGCCAGCCAAUCGCAGGGCAGAUGGAGACAGGGAAACAGCCGCACAACCAAACGUUUGGCAACAGAGAAAAGAGAAUUACGGAUGUACAAACGCACAACUUAAUUCCACUAAAGUCUCUUGGGACCCACCAUGAAAAAGAUGAAUAAAGUUACAAAAAAAAAAAAAACAGGGAAAAACAACAAAAAACUUGCACUUUACCAAUGUGCGCAAGCGUGUGACAAAGCUUGUGAAAGCGAUCGUGUGUGAUUCCGCGACGCUCGAGUGGCAAAGGUAAACGAAAAGAAUCAAAACGUAAAGAGUGACGUCCCUCCCACCCAAUGAGAUGCCAGGAAGAUGCGACGGUGAUAGCCAAUGGGAGAGCGGCUCUAUCGCGCCACGGAAACCAUUUGUGACUGUGAAACUUCUUCCUUCCCCCGAUCAGAUGGAAUCAUCUUCAGGUAUUUGGUUUUGGAUGGCAUUUACUUCUCAAGUUCCUCCCAGAACGUACCACGAACGGGGCAGCCAUAAAUAAACCAGGAACGAUUUUGGCUUCAGAUUUACCAAAGGAACAUUUGUUAUCAAAUUAAUAUUUGGUCCACGUAUUUACGCAGCGACGUCGCCAAACGCGUGGAGCAACUUUUGGCAGCAAAAAUUUAGCGAGUCCUGCCGUGGAGCGGCGCGUGCACGCGAGUCCGUGAUGAGGAGCCGCGGAGGCGGGGCGCGCAUGCACGAGGGAGCAGAUAAGUGCCGGCGCUCGCCUCGCGGACUCUCACACCGGAGCCGAGAUGCGGUGGCGGUGGUGGUGCUGGUGGUGGUGGUGCGGCUGGGCAGCCUUGGCGGCGUGCGCGGAAGAAGAGUGCCCGCCGACGUGCACGUGCACCCGGGACUCGGGCACGGUGAGCUGCGUCCCCGACGGGGAAAGGGCAGCGGCGGGGCCGCCGGCGCCGCUCCCGGCGUGGACGUCCUCGCUGAUCCUGCACGGCGGGAACGUGACGACGCUGCGGCGCGGUGCGUUCACGGCCAACGGCAGCGCAUUGGACGCGGCGUUCACGCUGUCUCUCUCCGCAAACAUGAUCCGCGCGGUGGAGUCGGACGCCUUUGCGGGAUUCCCCCACCUGCGCGUGCUCGACCUGAGCCACAACCGUGUGGAGCUCUUGUCCGACGGUGCGUUCAAGGGGCUCUGGGAACUGCGCACUCUGUGUCUCAACGAGUCCAUCGUGCCCGAGGCGGCCUCGCAGCUCUCGGCUGCGCUCGCCGCCGGCGAUCUGCGCAACCUCCGCCGUCUGGAGCUGGCGGGGAACCGGCUCAGGAGCGUUCCCCUGGCUGGACUGGACCCGUUCAGACAGCUGCACCAGCUGGUUCUGGUCAACAACUCCAUCCAGAGUCUGGGCCGAGAGAACGUUAGCAGUCUGGAGCGGCACAGGCGCACGCAGGUCUACCUGGCGCAGAAUCCGUUCCGCUGCACGUGCGAGUUGGAGGUGUUCUACUGGUGGCUGAAGAACGGCUCGCAGUGUGCUGACCCCUCACUGCUGCGCUGCGCCGAACCCGAGGCCCGGCACGGGGUCCCGGUGGAGCGGCUGCGCGCCGAAGACGUGGACUGCCUGAACGAGAACCUGGAGGCGGUCUCCUACGUGUUCCUGGGCAUCGUGCUGGCCCUGAUCGGACUGGUGUUCCUCAUGGUACUGUACCUGAACCGUGGAGGUAUCAAGCGCUGGCUCAACAACAUCCGCGAGGCCUGCCGGGACCAGAUGGAGGUCUACCACUACCGCUACGAGCAGGACUCGGACCCGCGGCUCGCCAAUGUGGCUGUCUGAGUGCCAAAACUGCUAAAACCUUUUCGCACGGCCAAAGACUAAAAGCCUGAUAGUCUUCACCAACACUUAUACUUUAUACUAACUGUACUAGAAUUUGUGGCCAUGGAAUCCAUAUACUUACUAAAGUUUACCAUGCAAACAAAAUACUGCAUUGGGGCCACAAAAUGACAAUAAUGUGCGCAUGGGAUGCUAAUUGUGACCAUACAGUAGCUACAACAAGCUAACAAAAUACCAAUUAAAAGUCAUAAAAAUACAGCGACGCUAAUGUUUCCUCACCAUAUGGAGGUUCAAAUAUUGCGGAUUUUGUGCAUAUCAAACAUUCUCUGCCCUUUGACAAAAUUUUUAAGUAUGUGUUUUACUUAUUUUUAAUAGUAAAAUAAACACUUCCUAGGCUGUAAAAAUACUUAAAACAUGAGGAAUAAAAUGUACAUUGUAUGCUGUGUAUUAUGACUUUAUGUUAAAGUGAUCAAAAGGUGUUGAAAAGAGAGAGCUUAAUAGGAGUGUUGCCAAGAUUAAUAUUCACAAGGAGGUUCAUACAGUUUUUAAAUUUGUAUCCAAAGAAGGUGGUUGCUACUUCACACAUUUCACCUAUUGCGGGGGUGCUGCUGUACCUCCCCCGUGAUAAACGAGAGAUUACUGAACUACAUUUCGGCCAUAAUAUAUCAGUUCGUGGCCACAAAAUGGGUUUAAGGUCCGUUUGAAAUCAAAUUGAAUCAUUUCUAGGUUUCAUAUUUGUAUUUUGCGGCCACAAUGCUGGUGGCAAAAUUGCGAUGCCACGUGUAAGAAAUACAACCGUCAACUAUCGCGUGAUGCCACGACAUCACAAUUAUGUUGACAGAACAUUUUCAGGGCACAAAACAAGGAUAACAUGUUCACAGAAUACACAUUAGCGGCUACAAAUGAAUAAAAAUGUGCCAUCAAUACAACUCGGGGCCUUUUAAUAGUUUUGACAUGUGCAUGAAAUACAAUUUUUCAAUAUCAUAUCCAUAUAUAACUUGGAUGUCUGCAUCAGCAAAUAGAGCAUAAGAAACUGAAACAGCAAUUUCCAAAGAAGGUGAACUUGGUUUGCUGACCCAGCAGUCGAGGAAGGACGACGAUGAUGAUGAUUAUGACUAUUAUUUAAAAUCGUAUUGCGUACGCAGUCGCAAAACUGCAAGUUGACAGAUUUCUUUAUUUUCCAAAACUAUCUUCUGCUAGUGUCUCAUAAAUGAACAACAUAGCAAAUCGUCACUCUCUUUGGGCUCACGCCGAAGAAUUCGAAAGUAUUGCUUGUGGGAUCCCGGUGUCAAGGAACAAUGCUGAAGUGACCCGUAUUAAUAAUAAUUAUUUCCUUUGUGAGGCUUUUCCUACAGCACAGAAACUAAGAUGC